AUGAGUGGAAUGAUGGACGAUGGGUGGAUGAACGGUGAGAGAAUGGAUGGGAGGCAGAGAUGAUGAGAGAUGAGGCAUAAAGGGAUGGAAGGAAAAAUGGAUGCUGGAUGGAAGGUGAUUGGAUGGAUAAAUGGAUAGAACGGACACCGAAGAGCAGAGCCCUUAGCAAUGAGUCCAGCCUCUGUGACUAAAGGAACCCAGGCUGGAGAAGUUUGCUGCUUUGCCCCCAGCCGCAGGCAGGUGCAGGCACGACCGCAAGCGGGGUGUCUGGGCCCCGCUGGGGGCUUCCCACCACCUCCCCCCCACCGCCGCGCCUGACAGUGCCAGGGUGGGGGCAGCGCCCCACCCCCACCUCCGGAGGUGGCGUCCCACGCGGCCGCAACAAGCUGCCGUUGUCCCGCGGGCCGUGGUCCCCGCACACUGGGGCUUUGUCCGGCCCCCCGCCAGGACCCACAGGGGAGGGGGCCCCACAUGACCGAGGGGGUAGGAGGAGCCUGCGGCGGUGGAGGCGGCGGCGGCGCCGGCGCCGGCGCCGGCGGCGGUGGCAGCGGCUCCAUCACUUCCCUGCGGGGCCGGAGGUCGGCGAGCGGUGGCAGCGGCUGCAGCGGAGGCUGAACAGGGCUCGGCGGGGCCGCGGACGCCGGGCCCCUGGUUCCCCGUCAGGCUGCAGGCUCGGAGCCUGGGCCAGCCGGGCAGCUGUGAACCCAGCGCUUCCCAGGCGCCGAGCUUGUGGUGCACCCGGCCGCCCUGCCUCGGGAUCAUGGGGAAUGGCAUGACCAAGAGCCCCAGACCCCUCACGCAGCACCCAGACCUAUCAGGGAGAUGGCUUCCUGAGGUCCCAUCACCAAUAGAGAAGAGCUGCUGGGCCCCAGCUACCAUGGGUGGGAAGGGGUGCAGCCUGCCCCCUGACCCCUGCUGUCCUUCCUCCAGAUGCCAAAGACCCGGAUCAGCUGGGCCGGAAUAAGAUCACACAUAUCAUCUCUAUCCACGAAUCACCCCAAACUCUGCUGCAGGAUAUCACCUAUCUUCGAAUCUCAGUGGCUGACACUCCUGAAGUACCCAUCAAAAAACACUUCAAAGAAUGCAUCAACUUUAUCCACUGUUGCCGCCUCAACGGGGGUAACUGCCUUGUGCACUGCUUUGCAGGUAUAUCUCGAAGUACCACCAUCGUGAUCGCCUAUGUGAUGACGGUGACUGGACUAGGCUGGCGGGAAGUGCUUGAAGCCAUCAAGGCCACCCGGCCCAUCGCCAACCCAAACCCAGGCUUCAGGCAGCAGCUUGAGGAGUUUGGCUGGGGAAACUCCCAAAAGCUUCGCCGGCAGCUGGAGGAGCGCUUCGGGGAAAGCCCUUUUCGGGACGAGGAGGACUUGCGCACGCUGCUCCCUCUCUGCAAGCGCUGUCGCCAGGGCUCAGCGACCUCGGCCGCGUCGGCCACGUCGGCCACAGCGCCCUCGGCUUCCGAGGGGACCCUGCAGCGCCUGGUGCCGCGAUCGCCGCGGGACGCCCACCGGCCGCUGCCGCUGCUGGCGCGCGUCAAGCAGACUUUCUCCUGCCUCCCGAGGUGCCUGUCGCGCAAGGGCGACAAGUGAGCGCCGCCGCGCCUGCCGCUCCGCCCCGUCUUGGCGCCGCAGCCGUCUCGGGCGGCUAGGGCUUCCCACGGCCGGCCGGGAUGCAGCCAGAGCCCAUGGGAACCCCUGCCCCGUGCCCAUCACGCUUGUCUGCGCCCGUCCUCGGUGUCCCUCUGUGAGUCUGUGUUCGGCUGGCCUGCUGCAAGCCACCUGGUGCCUUAGUCCUUGAGCUCUGGAGAGGGGUCCUGGGCCUCCACCCCGACGGGCAGGCGAGGAGCAGGACCGGCCUGGCGGACCGGCCUGGAGGAGAUUAAAGAGACACAGAAGUUGCCUGGCCUCUGGUCAUUCCGCAGAGCCUGGGCUUGGGAGCCUGCAGGAGGCAGGGCAGGAGCAGCUUCCGGGGGCCCUGGGAAGCGCCGUUCUCCACCGGCGUGCAGAGCUGAAUUCAAGACCAUGCCCUUCUACGACACCAGCCCUCCCAUCUCCCCACAGUUGGACUCUUGUUCCCCUUUGCUCUGGACCCCCCACACCACCUCCCGAGGCCCUUUCCUCUUCUCCAAUCCUCCCUCCUCCUACUCCUCUGAACAGAAAUAACUGGCCUUUGUGGUCCAGUUGGUGGUGUUGCCUUCACAUCAUCUUUUACUGUCUGAAAUGGCUCUAUCCUCAGGGAUAACACCUAGGCUCAGAGAGGUCAGGCAGCAGGCCCAGGCGCACACAGCUAGGGCAGGUCAUUCCCAGCUGUGAGGGUAAGGAGGAAGCAACUCCUGGUGUGCUGUUUCCUGGAGAGAGAGAGAGAGAGAGAGAGAGAGAGAGAGAGAGAGAGAGAGAGAGAGAGAGAGAGACCCAUCGGGGUGCAGGGGGCGGCAGGACUCUCUCUCUCUCUCUUUAAGGUUACUAAUCCAGCAAAGCAGUAAGUAACCGUCUGGAGGGACAGAGCUGAGAGAACUAAAGUAGUUAUCACUCAGUAGACUCUUGUGGCUUCAUGGCGGAUGGGGAGGCACUGAGCUGAGCGAAUGGUGUAACCACAGCAAUCUCCAAUUCCUCAUUCAAGUGUUCAUUGAGUAUACAAUGUGCCCGGUGCUGUGCUGGGCCCUGGAGCCACUGCGGUGAGCAAACCGAGGUAUACUGCUGAGCUUCUAGAGGAAGACACCAGACAAAAGGAGGGGUAAGAGAGUGGACCGUCUGCCAUGUGACUGGGAGUGGGGGGGGGGACGGAGCAGGUGGGGGCUCCAAAUCGAGGGAGCAGUAAACGAAAAGGCCCUGAGUUAGGACAGGGUGGCGAGGAAGAAGGCGGGGCUCUCCAGAGGGCGCCACGCCUCUCUGCAUCCUCCGGGAAGGUUGGCGGCACCACCCUCUAACCGGUCUGCCCCAGUGCCGCUUCAUCUUAAAAACACGCACAGUCGUGGCCCCCAUCACUUACAGACCAAACCGAGCCCUUUGGCAUAAUGUCCCAGAUCCUUCUGGAAGCUCCCUGGCCCGAGUAUCACCUGUACACACCUUGUCUCAACAGCGAGUGCUAUCGGCUGAGGAUGAGCACUGCAGCUCAGACGAUCUUCAUUCUACCCUUCUUGAAGGUGUCCCGUGUAUUAGAGGAGAAAACUGAGGCUGGUCAUAAGAGACGGGGUUGGGAUGUGAGCUCAGAACCCCCUCUCUUCAUUAGCUACCCUUUGUCAUCUAGAAACAUGAGGGGCUCCCUCUGACACACAAGAGUCAGCUGCUUGCAUGGACAGAACACCUCAGAGUGGCUUCUAAAACUCCAACCUCAACUGGAGUAUAGAUGGGAAGAUUAUCCCAUCUAUACUAACCAUCUACAGACUCUUUUCCUUGUCCUUAUUCCCUAAACAAUACAUCAGGCACUUAACAUUUGCUUCAGAUCCGACAGAAGUAUUUUUAGAGGUGGUCCAAGGCAUGUAGGAUUCUUGCAGGGUCUGUGUAAAUAGCCCAGCCCUUGGUUUGAAGGAUUUGCCAUGCAUUUCGGCGUUCAGUGGUGUCCUGGAACCAACCACUCACCAACAUAAAGGGACAACUAAUUCUUACUCUUGUUAACCACAUGAAACGCUUUGUGUCCCCCUCUGGAGUUCACAGGUCUGAGUCUGGAAUGGACUGUGGCUGCAUAAGUAUCACGGGACAGCUGCUGGCAUAUGGGACCAAGAGAAGGAGGAGGAAAAACACCCUCCCACGGGUGCUUGUGAAGGGGAGACCUCACUCCCCACCUCUGGCCUUGCUGGCUGGAGUAGUCACUGCACUAGAAGAUUUUUUUUUUCCUUU